AUCAAACAACAAGAACCAAUAAAAACCGUGCAUCGAGAACAUGAAGAACAGAAAAAAGGAAAGAUGUUCAACCUAUGCAGCCUGGCUGUGUGCAUGCGUGUACAAGAAUCGAGAAGCUCGAAAGAAAGGAAAAAAAAAAAAAAGAUCCCGAGGAGGGUGAGAAAAAAGGCUCGCAAAAAAUGCCCAAAUGGCAAGGGCGACGGCGACGGCGACGGGGGUGUUGAGUUUUGCUGACUGCCACAGUAGAAAAAUGAGAAAGAAAGACUCACAAGCGGCUGACAAGUGGCAGCUACGAUGCUACACCACUCACAUGUUUAGGCGCAGGGAUAAAUCAAAACAAAAAUAGAGACAAGGCCUUGGAGCAAGAUCAACGCUUUUGAAAGCAUCUAGUCUAGUGUGCGGUAUUGGACAUGCAAGGUGCUGAGAAGUGGAAACUUUUCAUCGUCAACGGCGUGUCUCUUCCUUGCCGCCCAGUCAAAGGAGAAGAAAAACUCCCCAAACCAAAGAAAAUCCGGGGAAAAAAAGAGGGGGCAGGGAAGCGAAUCCUACAGUAACUGCGGAACUGCUGGCGAUAAUCACUUGCUACAAAGGUACUAGCAGUUGGGUAGCAUUCAAAGGAAUAAAGGCAAAUUCAAAUCCAAAUGGUUGCAGUGCAUAUGCAGAGCAUUAUAGCCUACCCGCAAGGCACAUCGAAAAAGGGCUAAAGAAGAAAGAACUAGCACCAGCAGAGCAGCCCAAAGAGCAGGUCAAAGGGAAAAAUCGGAGCAUCCCACGCAAAACUGCCUACAUGGUAGACUAUAAGCCUAGUAGAUACCCCAUGGGCAGGUUGGAUUGCGGUCUAGUCUCUUUGCGGGGUGUUACGCCGUUGCAGAAAAAAUGCUUCUCCGCGUUGGCGACUGAGGCGAUUAGACUGAUUAAAGGG